GCGGCUUUUGUCACUGUCAUCUGCAGCUUGUAGGUGUGGAAAGCUAGAGGCAAGGUCUUUUUCUACAGAAGUCUGUCUGCACAUACUCAAUCUCAGCACUGCGCGCAGUGAACCAGCACCAUGCUCCUCUUCACUCUGCUGAUACUUGUUGUCCAAACUGUAACAUGCUCAGAAGUGCACAGCCGCCAGAAACGAGACUGGAUCAUCGACUCCUACGAGAUGGAAGAGGGACACCCGGGGCCCUUUCCUUACUCGUUGGGCAAGGUGGACCUUAACAGCAAAUAUCAAGUGUUUUUCGACCUGCAUGGCGAAGGGGUGGACAAGGAACCAAAGGACGUUUUUUUCAUUGAAAAGAACAGCGGUGAAAUUUUUGUGAAAAAGGCCGUGGACUACGAGAAGCACAAAGUACUCAAGCUAACCUUUGAAGCCAAGAAGUCAUUAGACUUUACUGUUGACACUCGACUGGGAAUUGAGAUUAUAAUUCAUGACAUCAACGACAACCCCCCAGUCUUUGAAAAAUCUCUCUAUGAGAUUACAGUAGAUGAGGAUGCCUCCCAAGGUUCCCAUAUCCACACUGUGCUGGCCUAUGAUGAAGAUAAGAGUGGAACCCCCAACUCAACUUUCCACUACGCCAUCAAAUCAGUUUCCCCAGAAACUUCAAACGUUGAAUUCUUCAUCAAAGAGACUGGAGCACUGUAUUUUAAAGGCUGUUUUGAUCAUGAGGUGGCCAGCAGGUAUACGUUGCUGGUAGAAGCCAUAGACCAUGGGGAGGUUGUCCGCUUGUCCAGUUCGACCACAGUUAUUGUCAAUGUAGAGGACGGUAACAACCACCUUCCGGUCUUCACAGGUCAAACGGGCUCCGGCAAAGUGAAAGAAAGGGAGACUGGGUUCUCUCCUCUGCGUCUCCAUGUGACAGACGAAGACGUGUUUCAGAGCAAAGCCUGGAGAGCGAGAUAUAGCAUUCAAGGAGAUGAGGAAGGACACUUCAAGAUAGAGACUGAUACAAAGACCAACGAUGGAGUUCUGACUGUUGUUAAGGGUUUAGACUUUAAAAAAGGAGCAAAAAGAGAGCUGAAGAUCUUUGUUAAAAACGAGGCUGAAUUUUUCUCCUGUAAAGUGAAGAGCCGGCCAUCCACAGGCCUCUGGAAUGUUGACAUAACUAAUGAUCAAAGUGGUGGUGGGGAAAUCCGCUACAAUGCCAAAGAAGUCGUCAUUGAGGUAUUGGAUGUGAACGAUCCCCCUGAGUUUGACGUGACUGUCAAAGAGGCCUCGGUGAAGGAGGACGCACCGAUCGGAACCUGGGUGGAGAAAGUGACCGCUGUGGAUCCAGACAACACUACUUCAAGAGACUUUAUUUACAAAAUAGGGCAUGAUCCUGCUGGCUGGAUGAAGAUCGAUGCCCAGACUGGGAACAUCACUACUAAAAAGUUGGUGGACAGAGAAUCCAGCCACGUUGUCAACAACAUCUACACCUUGAUAGUGCAAGCAGUGGAUAAUGGGAAGCCACCAAUGACAGGGACAGCCACGCUGCAUAUUCACCUCAUUGACGUGAAUGAUAAUGUGCCACAACUUGAUAUGAACAAUCUGGAAAUCUGCUUGUCUGAUGGGCCGACUACCAGCAACAUCUCAGCCACUGAUCUAGAUGAGACUCCCUACGGAGGGCCUUUCACCUUUGAGCUUGUUGGGGAUGUCAGGGGAAAAUGGAAACUGGAUCCAUCUUAUGGUUUCACAGCUGGCUUGGUGAGGGAUUCCAGAGUGUAUGCUGGUGUCUACUCUCUGAAAGUAAAAGUUUCAGACAUGCAGGGACAGUACGGCGUUUACAGGCUGACCACAACUGUAUGCUCUUGCUCUGUGGCUCGCAACUGCCGCAAUCGGAGUGCUCCAACAUUUAACGCGGGAGGAGCAGUUGGCAUCGCACUGCUCUCGUUACUUUUGUUUGCAGUUGCUCUUCUGGCUGCAAUUAGCUUCUCUUGCAAAGAGAAUUUCACUGACAUGGAUACGGUUUCUCCUGUGGGAAACAUACAGGAUUCAAACAUUGAGAACCCAGGGACUGACUGCAAGGUACCAAAUAACCCUUCAACAUCAGAUGGUCAGACGAACAAAAAUUCAUUGAAGACUGAAAAGAAGUGGGACUGGACAAAGACUGAGUAUUUCAACGAUACUAAUGUGUCCUUAUUACACAACCAGUCAGAGGAUUACAGGAGGAAAUAUUACUGGAACUGGAGCAAGGUAGCAAAAAGUAUCCAUUCAACCUCAGAUGGUCAGAGAAACAAUUCAUUGAAGACUGAAGAGAAGGUGGACUGGAUGCAGAAUAAGUAUAUCAACUAUAGAAAAUGGGAAUUCUACAAGUACAGACAACAGUUGCUGGAGGAAUGGAUGCCCUCUCAGAUUCAUUUGAAAGUCCGCUCAUUCCAGGAAACUGAAGAGGAUCUACCGGAAUAUAAACCUCACAUCUACGCAGAAGAGGGAGACGCCGACAUCGUCUCAGAUCUUGAUAGCAUUACCAUUCCUGAUAAUGCUUCAUUUGAUGAACUUGAGGAUUUAGGCCUAGAGUUUCAGGAACUGGCCUCCAUUUGCAUGUCAGCGCAAAUGCAGAUCAAGAGCAAAAAUACCAAAACUAUCUAUAUGCAUCAUGGCAUUUAAUGGCAAAUGUUGUACAUUUCUUGAUUUAAUCUUACAAGAAGCAAAAAAAAAGGAAAGAAAAAAAAGUUCUUACAAAAAUGUUUAAGAGUUACAAAUUAGAAGUUAAGUGCACAGUUCAAUACACUUAAGUUAAAUACUGCCUUGAUCCAGACAAUAUUACAACUGCUGGAUUAGAAAAAACAAAAAAGCCUCCCAUUUCAUAAGCAUU